AUGGGUUCAGAUCCGGCAUGGCGACCCCUGCCUCUGCCCUCAGAAGCAGAGCUGCCUGCGCUACUGGUUUCUUUUCAGGUGGAGGCAGCUUCGUACACUGUUCGUGUUACCGAUAUGGCGAACAUGUGGAUUGAGAGUCUGGAUCGCAAAGCCAUUUGUAUGCGAGGAUGGGGAGAGAACACAAGUAUUGACCCAAGCGACACUCCCGAGAACAUGGCGAAGUUCUUGUCUAGCAUUCAUUCCGCUCUCGACCCCUCCCUUGCAGGCCAUGAUCAAACAUCCAUGACCCUCUCCCAAGGCUCCAUGUCUGAUACGGGAGAGGGAGGACUAACUCUGAGGAUAACAUGUGAUUUGCCUGGACUCCCUGCCCUCAAGUGGCCUGUCCAUCUAAAAAAGGCACCAUCCUCGUCCAUUACCUCAAACCUGGUGCUCCCCCUUAUCCAGGCCCAUUAUCUGAGGCAAAGAGAGCUGGACUCCUUGGCCAACCUGCUGCAUCAGAAAGACCAAGUCAUCACGAAGUUGCUGGAUAAACUAGAAGCCGUUGGCACGGGACUGGAACAUAUAUUCAACCCUCUUUCAGGAAAAAAGAAGGUCAGCAGGGCAGUCGCAGAGGAUAAAGUGAAAGGUCUGGCUCCAUUCAACAGGCCCCAAUGGGGAAAGGAGCUAUGGGACUCAGAAGGUGCCCCAAGAGACAUUUCCGAGAUGACCUCUAAAGUUUUCGACAGAGAUUCUAUCAAGAUUGACGCUGCAUUAACUUUCGAGGAUUCUCCGAAGCUCGACAUGUGGUGGCGAGAUUUCCAAGACACAGUAGCUGUCACAAGCCAAACGACUAAAUCACAAGGCCGAGAAGAGCAAGAAGAUACGCCGGCACCAUCAAAACAGGAUGACGACGACGAUGACUUCCAGGUUCAGGCCACACCACCUCACCUUGUGCCAACAACGCCAUCGAAGGGUAAGCACACCGCCCAACCUGCCGAUGACGCUUCAACAGACAGUGCCGAGGAUGCACCUGCUUCGAAACGGAAUCAAAGGAACACAUCUAUCCCUCCGAGUAAACCACAGGGAGCAACCCGUCGUCUUGGAGCUAUUGGGAGCAAGAAGCUUUCUCCUCCAAAGGCGUCAUCAAAGAAGCCUGCUCCUCCCCCGGCCGAUGAUGAUGAGACUGCAUCCGAGGAUGGAGAUGCUACAGCAUCGGAGGCCAGUGCCUCACCACCACCGCCAUCGCCCACAAAGACGGCUCCCGUAAAGGGGAAGCUUGGCCGCAUUGGAGCUGCCAGGGCAAACCCACAGCAGGCCGCCACGAGCCGGGAGCAGUCCCCUGAGAAGAAGGAGCCUGCAGUGGCUUCGCGCUCGAGACCAAAUAAGAUCGGCAUGAUAGGGAAGAGUACGAAGAGUGAUAACCCGCCUGAAUCGGCCGUUGAUGAUACAGCGGCUCGGGGCAGGAAAUCCGUGAAAGCCGAACCCGCUGAAACAAAGCCACCCUUGCGAGAAACUUCGGCUGAACGUGCCGAUAGACGGCGAGAAGAGCUCAAAAGAGAACUGGAGAAAAAGGCUGCGGCUGGCCCUACCAAGAAAAAGAGACGAUUUUGA